AUGUUUCUUUUUUUUGGGUGGGGGGUUCGAUGGUUUUCGAUCAUUUGUUCGAUGGCCCUGCUGUUUAUGUGUGUUUACGGAGGCCGCCUGCCUGCAGUUUUGCAUUCGCAGCCGUUCAGGCUUGACAUCUCAAAUGCCCAACGCUAUUGUCAGACAUCUUCAGAUUUUCGCGCCUUUCCUGCCGUCAUGAAGACGACUCUUCAACACGUUGCCGAUGUGGACUGGCCUCGACUGUGGCAGCAGCAGCAGCCACUCAGUUCCAGCAUGUUGCAGCCUUCGGAGAAAGCUAAAAGAAAAAUCUUGCAGCAAGUUGAGGUUCGAGAUGCUUCAGAUGUGGAAGUCAGCCUGGCAAAGCGACACAUUAGCUUGGCCGGCUUGGCCUGUGGUCCAGCCACUUCCCCUGCAACGGAGACGUUGUCGCAGGGCGUGAGGCUGUCUUGA